AUGAAUAUGAUCUAUCUUCCCAUGAGUAUGAAUGACGUUGGAACGAUCGAUGGUGUCCGACGAGAGAUCUUCAACGAAGUAGAUGGCGAAGGCAAUAUCCUACCUGACAACGAGCCGAAUCCAGGCGAUCCAUUUAGUGCUUAUGACGAUAACACGAUUGUCGAAACAAAAGACGAGAAAACACUCUUUGUGCCUAAACCGUACAGGCCAGGCACUAAAGAAAAAAUUACAACCACGCCAUCUACAACCCGCGCAACGACACCUCCGACGACAAUUCGAACGAUUCCUUUCGUUCAGACAACGCCAGCGUUUAGACGGCCCAUCAUAACUGUCGAAAAAGUAGACUUUGGUCGUCAGCCAAAUCGUCAAUUGCCAAGUCAAAGCGACAGUACCGUUCCGACGAUGCCACCAAUACAAUUGCCGCAAACCACUCCAUCACAACAACCUGAACAACUUCAUCCCAUAUUACCAAAUCAGCCAGCACAACCUCCUCCGGCCUUUGUGUCAAGGACCAGAUUGCACAACAUUGCUUGUCCACGAAAAAUGUGUGCUGUUUCACUUGUCUUCUACAUACAUGAUAAAAGCCAAAAGAACGAGAUAUUUUCAGUUUGUCCGCUUUCUAUCUUCUACAUCUCCACACCGCUUAAGGGUCCAAGUCGCCUGACAUUUAGUCAUUUCGCUGUCGCUGUGACCGUCGACCAAUGUGCACGAACUUGUCACGAAUUUAAUUGUGCGAUAGCUCAUUACAAUCCAGGCAAUGGGCAUUGUGAAUUCAAUCCAUCAACAGCAUUCGCAAUCAGAAAUGGACAAUGCCCCGCUUGGCCAGCCUUUCACUACAGAAAUAACGUCGUUGCUAAUGAACCAGUGCGAGUCUUCUGCGUUACCUGUCAGCGACCACGUCGACGACCAAAUCGACAAAGAAUUGGUUUAAGUGUUUCUAAUCAUCCAGUAAUUCAUGGAGUUCUCGUAAAGCAACCAAAAGCCGUUGCACUUGGUGUUUCACAAAAUUCACUGAGCAAUCCACUUCAACAUAAGAGCCAAAAUAAAGUUGCUGUUGAAGUACCGUCAUUAGAAUUCGAAAGUGGUGAAUCGACGGAAAUACAGGAAGAAAGGAGAUCGAACAGCAGAAGUAAGUCCCGUGAUUCUCGCGUGCACAAGCGAACCGAUUCGACCGAUGAUCUCUCUUCAUCGUCAGUAAUUUCAAAGCAAUAA